AUGGAGAGGAAACGAGAAUACCUCAAAUCCCUGAUUAAGUCCACCAGACACGACCCGAGUCCAGAGCAUGGAGCAAAUAGUUCCGCCGUUAGCUCAAGCUCCCUUGUUGUCAAAACCCCAGACAUACAAGCUUCAUUGGCGACGGCAGACAAUCAAGCUGCCGUCACCAAUGACCAAACUCAAGAAACAAGACAGAUAUCAGAAAGAAAGGCCAUCGACCUCCCCCCAGAUGAACUCUGGGAUCACGCAUACGAUGGUCUCAAAACCAGCGAGCCAGAGUUGCUCGAAGGCUAUGAAAAACUGCUUUCAAUGGAGCUUUUACCAGAGCAGACUGAAGAAAGCCGAGUAAUCCAGAUGGAUCAGCUCUUAAAUGCUGGCUUGGACAGGACAGCCAAGAUUGGUGAGGCAAUAAGCGCUGGGUUGACCACUGUCCCUAUUGCCGCUGCUGCGUGGACUGGUAUCUGCGUUGGUUUGGAGAUUUUCUCCAACGCUAUCAACGAAGCGAGUACGAAUCGGGAUGGAAUCACAAAGGUCACCUCCAAAAUGAAAUGGUAUUCGAGUCUCACAAAGAUUCUUCACCAAGAGGCCGCCAAAUCAAAUGACAACUUGAUAGAGCUGCGUGAAAUACUAGCCGGACGCGUGCUCGAUCUUUACGAAACCAUCCUGCAAUAUAUCAUUAAGACCGUCUGCUCACACCACCGCAAUCAAGGGCUGGUGUUCUUGAGAGGUAUGGUCAAGUGGGACGAUUGGGAAGGCAGUCUGAAUGGGGUCAACGAGGCUGAGAAGACCGUGAAGGCAGCAGCCGAUGAGAUUGGCAUUUGGCAGACUAGAACUUAUCUCGAAAUUCUGGUAAACAUGCAUCAGGAUCGGAGUGACGAGGAGCUAUUGAGGGACUGCUAUGUCACAGACAUGGACAACGACAUCCGAUCACUGCAAGCACGAAAAGACAAGUUACUCCCUGAAUCUUACAAGUGGGUUCUCGAGACACAGACUUACAAAAGUUUCACCAACUGGGACAACGGCAGUGCCAAUGGGCUUCUUUGGAUGAGGGGUGAUGCCGGAAAGGGGAAAACAAUGCUACUCAUGGGCAUUGUUGAGGAGCUGAAGGUUCAGCUGGAGACCCAUUUUGAUGGAUGCUGUCUCUCUUACUUCUUCUGUCGUGCCACGGAAGCAAAAGUCAACACAGCGACCUCGGUUUUGAGGGGGUUGAUAUGGAUGCUUGUGCGUCAAGAAAAGUCACUCAUACGUCACCUGUAUUCUUUCAAAGUCAAGGGCUCAAAUGCAUUCAACGACAACUCGGUGUUCUACAGUCUCAGAAGCGCGUUUCGAGCAAUGCUUCAAGACAGCUCCUUGAGGAGAGUAUACCUCGUGAUUGACGCCCUGGAUGAGUGCAAAAGAGAGGAGCCAGGGAUGGAGCAGCUUCUAGAGUUGGUCACUGAAACAGCUGGAAAUGACAAAGUGAAAUGGUUGUUGUCCAGUCGGAACGAGGACGACAUUGAAGACAUUCUUGCCGAGGCUGUCGACGCCUAUAUUGACCGCAAAGUCUCGGACUUGCGCGAUCGCAGCGAGCUAAAAAGGGAAGCUGGCGGCACUUUCUUGUGGGUAGCUUUGGUUGUCCAAGAGCUGAAAAGCUGCACUGCCGAUGAGCUGAUUGGAAGAGUUGAGCAAAUUCCCACCGAUCUUGAUGGUCUUUAUACGGGCAUGUUAGUCAACAUGAUCAAUUCCAAGUUUGCGACACAUUGCAAAAAAGUCCUUUUGGUGAUGACAAACGCAUACCGUCCUCUUCAUUUAUCUGAGCUGAUUGGUCUGGCCAAUUUGCCAAUUGAGUCUGACCAAGAGCAGAUAGUGAGACGAUGCGGGUUCCUUGCUUUGGGUGAUGAUAACAACAUCGCCUAUUUCGUUCAUAUGUCUGCAAAAGACUAUCUCGUCCAGGCUCAUGGACCUGAGCUACUGUCUUGCAUUUUUCCAAAUGGCCAUAUCGAGGGACACCACAUGAUAGUGACACAAUCACUUGAGUGUAUGAACCAAUUGCAACGAGACAUUUAUGGACUGGAGCGGCCUGGCUUCUGCAUCGACGAACUCCAGGGCUGCGAGGAUGAUUCUCUCCUCGAGCCCCUUCGUCUACGUGACGAUGGGCCUAUCAACGAGUUUUGGAAGACCCGUCUUCUCUACUGGCUCGAGGCACUCAGCCUGAUGGGAAAUUACUCAGUCGCAGUCUUUACAUCUAUCAAGCUGAUCAAGUUAAUAUCGAAUCUCUCACACCAAUCACAGUUCCUAGGCUUGAUUCAGGACUCACGUCGGUUUAUCCUAUCAUCUAGAGGCUUCAUCGAGAGGUACCCUUUAGAAACUUAUAUCUCGGCACUUGUGUUCGCUCCAAUGCGCAGUUUAACUCGCGAAAUAUUCAAGAGCGAGCAGCCCGAUUGGCUUACAACCAAGCCCCUUGUUGACCAGGAGUAG